UGAAACGUCCGGCACUGCCGCUCUUUUCUCGUAUCGCCGUCUUCUUCUCUCUCUGUGUCUCCCUUUGAGUGAGCCAGUGAUGGUCUUGUCCCGGGUGUCCUAACAACCGAUGCUGCCGCCCCAAUCUCUCUCUCUCGUUCGUGAGAGUCCCCAUCGACGAUUCAACUUCUCUGCCAUGUGCCUCUCUGUUUCUUUUUCUCCAUCCUCUGACUCAUCUUCUGAAGCUGGGACUCUCUCUAAGAACACCUGCCAUCCAUUUGAUCAGGCGCAAGUAAAUGACUCUAGUAAGAUCGUACAUUCGAUUAAUUAAACAGUCCCAGUCGCAUAUGCAUUUUCAAGGUUGCUCGUCGCGUGGGCGUGGUUUGGAUUGUGCUAUUUGUGGAAGUACGAUUAUUAAGUUCAGUUGCUUUGUGUUUUCAUCUUAGGUGCAAAGGAUCCUCUGGCAAGGCCACUGAACCUGUCUUGCUCUUUCCCUGUCCUUAUCUGCAUCUCAAUUUCAAUGCUAGAGAACAGCGUAGUUAAGUGGACGUCAAAGAUCUCAAUCCAUGCACGUAAGGGUCUCAGUGACGCAGCAUUAUCUUUAUUCUUACAGAUGAUAAGGGCCGGGGUUGAGCCCAAUGAGACUACGUUCUCUACUGCCAUAGGUGCCUCCACGCGGUCAAUGAGCAUUACUUUUGGCACAAGCUUGCAUUGUUUGAUUCUCAAGAAAGGGUUCAUGGAGCACCUCUUUGUUGCAACUAGAUUGAUCACAAUGUACUCGAAGCACGGCUAUACAGCAGAAUCUUGUCGCGUGUUUGACAGCAUGCUAGUACGAGAUGGUGCAUCGUGGAACUCAAUGAUUGCAGGUUAUGUGCAGAAUGGUUUUAAUGUGGAAGCUUGUAAUUUGUUUUAUAAUAUGAUAAAGGGUUGUGAAAAGUGGUUUUCGUUUGUGGAUAAUUUUACUCUUGCUAGCAUUCUCAAGGCUUGUGCUGGUUUGGGUGGUUGUAGGACUGGCAAAUCUGUUCAUGGUUAUGCAACUAAAUUGUGUUUUGAUUCGGAUAUUUUUGUCAGUGGAGCAAUCAUUGAUAUGUAUUCUAAAUGUGGUAAUUUAGAUAUUGCCCGCCUUGUAUUUGAUCGAAUGGGAAAUCGUGAUCUUGUAGUUUGGAACACUAUGAUUGCUGGGUAUGCACAGAAUUGUUGUGAAGAAAAGGCUAUUGAAUUAUUCUAUCAGCUAAAAAAUGAAAGCUUUCUGCCUAAUGAGAUGACUUAUUCUUCUGUUUUAAAAGCCUCUUCUGGAAUGUUAGAUAGUGGGUUAGGUAGAUGCUUCCACGCCAAAACCUUGAAGUUAGGAUUUUUGUUGGAUGUUUUCAUUGGGACUGCACUUGUAGAUAUGUACUCAAAAUUUUUUGACAUGGGAGAUGCAGAGUGGGCUUUUGGUGAGAUGAAAAAGAGGAAUCUGAUUACUUAUAAUGCACUCAUCACAGGUUAUGGUCUGACUGGUGGCCAUGAGAAAGCCUUAAUAGCUUAUAUGGAGUUGCAAAAUGUAGGCAUAAAACCUGACUCAUUUACAUUCAUGGCCCUUUUCUCAUCUUGCUCUGUAUCAGGUGCUGUUGCUGAAGGAGCUCAAGUUCAUUGUCACUCAAUCAUGUUUGGUUUAGAGUCAGAUGUCUUUGUUGGGAAUUCAAUAAUGAACUUCUAUUUCAAGUGUGGUUUUGUCAACUGUGCAUUGAAGGCUUUUGACUCUAUAUAUGCACCUAAUGCCAUAUCAUGGGCCGGAAUUAUCUCAGGUUUUGUGCAAAAUGGUGAUGGAGAGAAAGCUCUCGACUGUUUUCGCCAAAUGCACAGAUUGUCUGAAAUUACUGAUGAAUUCUCGUCUUCCAGCGCUCUGAAAGUAAUUAUAAGCUGGGCCUCCAUUGAACUGGGAAGACACUUGCAUGCCCAUGUAUUAAAAUCUGGGCUUCAACACACAGUAAUUGUAGGAAGCUCUCUGAUUGACAUGUACUCAAAAUGUGGGAUGGUGGGAGAUGCAUACAAGGUGUUUUUUGAGAUGCCGGAGAAGAAUGUUGUCUCUUGGAAUUCAUUGAUAACAGGUUAUGCGCACAAUGGCCUCUGCUUGGAAGCAUUGCUCCUAUUUCAGGAAUUGGAGAAUUCUGGAAUUUUGCCUACAAGUGUAACAUUUGUUGGUGUUCUAUUUGCUUGUAGCCAUGCAGGUUUGGUUGAAGAAGGGAGAAACUAUUACAAGUCAAUGGUCCAUGACUAUGGAAUUCCACCCUCAAUAGAGCACUGCACUUGUAUGGUGGACCUCCUUGGUCGUGCCGGUUAUCUUGAUGAGGCAGAAACCUUUCUUCUCAAUUCUCCAUUUUCAAAAGAACCUGAGAUUUGGGUUUCUCUUCUUGCAGCUUGUGGAUUUCAUAAGAAUUCUGACGUUGGUUCUCGAGCUGCUCAACAUUGCUUGUCAUUACAGCCUCGUGAUUCUUCAACAUAUGCCAUCUUAUCAAAUAUAUAUGCAUCAAAAGAGUUGUGGUGUGAGGUCACCAAAAUAAGGGACUUGAUGAAGGCAAUAGGUGUUGAGAAGGAAUCAGGUUGCAGCUGGAUUGAAGUAAAAAAUAGUGUUAAUCCAUUAGGGGACAGAUUUGUUCUUUAUCAAGGCAAGUACUGGUGCCCUGAAGAGUUGAGCAGGACAGCAAAAACUGCAUGAUUACAAUUUUUACCGUGAAUCAUACUUCAAUAUAUGUUGGAUGCUUGUGGAACUUUAAAUUGUAUUGAUGCAUCGACCUGUGGAGAGUGAAGUAUUAAUGAUGGAAUAGGAUGUUCAGAAGUUCCUGGUUAUCAUGCCGGUGGACAAAGAACCAUUACCUUAACAUACAAGAGUGCAUAAUUAUGGGGAUUGCUUUUCUUGGGACACUCUCUGCCUUGGAAGGAGAAAGAUGCUUUAAGAAAGUGGGGUUGAGCGGCAAUUACCCUUGACCAUGGUAGGAACCACCUGAUCAAUGGAUUACUCAAUUUUCCCCACUUAUUGUAACAGAAGAAGAGCAAUUUGAUUUCUUUCCUAAGUUGUCCUGUAGCCAAGGCAUGUGGUUUCAAAUAAUUAAGGAUGUGAAGCUUCCUAACAUGGAUGAUGCAGAUAAUUGACUUGUAUCAGAUGCUGAUGUUAGCAUUACAGAUAUGUGGAGAAUGGUGUGUAUCCUUUUAGGGUGUUGCUUUUCAUUUUUUUUGCUUAUUUUUCUUUCAAGUAUGAAUACUUAAAAUCCUUGAUUACCAACUAUAGCCAGUGUUCCAACGAUAGAAGGAGUUGAAUGGAAUGGGAUGGAUAUGCAACAUAUAGAGUUUAGGAUGGUUGAUUUCAGUACACCACCAUGAACUCCACUAUCUGGUAUUCAAAAGUGCCAUCUUCUGCUAUUAAUUCUUCACAGAAGUGAGUGGUAUUUUCCCGACAAGCUGGGUAGGCCAAGAAAUUAUAGUUUACAGACAUGAGUCACCUUUCUUCCUUUAAAACUCUUCUAGAUUGCUGAUUGAUCCAAUGCUGGGGAGCAAGAUGCCAGUAGGUGCUCACGAAUGUAUACUGGGAACCUUAUGGAAGCAGUUGAUGUAUGAUGAUCCGAAGAUUUCUGCUAUGGUGCACAAUGGAGCAAUAUGCAUGACCCCUCUGGUAAUAUUAUUAUUUAUAUGGAAAAAAAAUCUACUUUUGAUAUUCGAAGCAGCAGUCGAUGUUUAAGAUGGAGUGAAUUUUGGUGCAUUUACUCGGGUAAAAAGGUUGGGCACUUGGGUUUUAACCACCUGCAUAAUUUCACCCCACACACGACCAUAUAGAUGGCUUGUUGGGCUCUGUGGUUCAGACUUCAAAUACCAAGGCAAUCCGUAUCCGUUGAAGUUUACUACUAUUUCUGCUACAAGGCCUAAAUUGUCCGGUCUCCUGGUACGAUCAUAGGCAUUUGGUAGACUACAGAAUUUUGUCAUUAAUCAUUUUUUUUUUAAAGUUAGUUUUGAAUUCAGAUGUAUGACUGCUGCUUCUCUUGAGUAUAUGUGCAGCAUUAUCUGUAGGUUUUAAAUGUGUCUGGAUGAACUUGGGUCACUUGAGGCAGUGCAAUUUAGUCAAAUUUAGCAGGGAAAGCCAAGUUUAAGGGUGGAAACGAUCACAGAAUGUUACCUUAAUGAUUCUGGUGAAGUUUCGAUGGAAGUUUUGGAUUGCCAUAUGGUACUGAAUUUAUUGAGAAUAUUUAUUUAUUGGAAUUGUAUUGAAUC